AUGCAAAGACAACGUGCGAACACUAACGUCGAGGCGACCAGCAGCGACGAAACGCCGGCGACACAAGCAAGAGACUCGCAAUAUUCGCAUUCUGAAAGAAAUAUCGAGACCAACAGUAGAGACAGCAUCGCCAUCUUUAGUAACGAAGCUGAAGGCUCCGCCAACAUCCAUGGCAAUGCCUUCAGCACUAGCAUGGGUAGCCACGGUGCUCUACAAGCUGUCAUUCCUAAAGAGGACCAGUCCUCGUCCUCUAACACCCAGACAGUGCAAGCUGUGCAUGUCGGCGAAACAAAACGUAAAAGAAAUGCCGAGGUCCUUGAUAGCCAGCCACAGGCCUCGGGAUCUUCCACCGAAAGUCCGCAAAAUUCUCGUGAAGACCUUCCGAAUGCUUCCUUCCCACUCCCUCCCAGGCCGAAAGCUCGCAAGAAGCGCGGGCAUGGGUGGACCCGCAAAAAAACUAGAAGGGCGACUACUCAAGGUCGUGCUGUCCGGGUAGGCGGCAAGCGCCGAGUCGAGGACGUAGAUGGCGAAGAAGACGAGAAUAGGCCAAGGAAGAGGCGGCGUAUUAGUGAGGACGCCGUUGCGGGGCCAUCCAACGCACGUUCAAUGUCGUUGAACAACACGAUUGGUGCAACCAACGUCCGUCAGCUGCGAUCGCGCAGCAUCGUCUCUCCCGCACGUCCCGCAAACUCGGGAAGCGACGAGGGAAACACGACGACGAGGUCGCCAUCUCCAGAUCGUGCAUCAGAACGACCGACUUUAGAAGAUCCACUAGAAAAUGAGGUAGACUUCACUCUCAUAAAAACAGAAGAUGAAGAGGAGGGUUUCCUCUGGGAUACUCCUCCGCCUCGGGAUUUGAGUCUGCUGAUGCCAGAAUAUGAACUGGCAACCGAGGACACAUUCCGAUUUGACAGUAACCGGAGUACGCCGGAGCUGACGACUGGACGUGACGGGUCCCAUAGGGAUAGAAGCGAAUCGGUCGGCUCAACGCCCGUAGGAACGCCGCGGGCCCAAUCAGCGGACGUCCAAUCGUUUGAUAGAUCCCUUGUGAUCGUUCUUCCGGGAACGAUGGAGGAAGCGGAGCCACCGGACGAAUUGAUGGACGUUCUGGGUGAGGGUGAGGACGAUGUUUCGGUUUCUUCCAUCCCUGUUGACAGAAGAAGGUCAAGGGCUCCCAGCCCUCCAUCCCUCCCUCCGUCACACUCCGUCUCAAGACUUUCAACUCCCUAG